GAUUAUCGAGGCAGUAUGCAUUGGCUGGUUCACUGCUGAAUGCAUAGUGCGCUUCAUUGUCUCACGGGACAAAUGUGAGUUUGUGCGCCGCCCCCUUAACAUUAUUGACCUCUUGGCGAUCACGCCUUACUACGUGUCUGCUGCUGUGACAGCGCUGACAGGAGAAAACCCUCAACUACAGCGAGCAGGAGUCACCCUGCGCGUACUACGAAUUAUGCGCAUCUUUUGGCUUAUAAAGCUGGCGCGUCACUUCCUCGGGCUGCAGACGCUCGGGCUUACGCUGCGCAGGUGUUACCGUGAGAUGGUCAUGCUGCUGGUGUUUGUCUGCGUCGCAAUGGCGAUAUUCAGCGCCCUGGCACAGCUGUUGGAGCACGGCCUUGACCUGGAGACUAGCAAUGAGGACUACGCCAGCAUCCCGGCAGCCUGUUGGUGGGUUAUUAUCUCCAUGACGACUGUCGGCUAUGGAGACAUGUACCCCAUCACCAUUCCGGGACGCGUGCUGGGUGGCGUGUGCGUCGUGAGUGGCAUUGUGCUGCUGGCUCUGCCUAUUACCUUUAUCUACCACAGCUUUGUGCAGUGCUACCACGAACUCAAAUUCCGCUCAGCACGCUGCGUGCGAAGUCUCUCUUCUGAGUUUCUCAACUAACUGUAGCAUAGAUCGUCCGGAGAACCUGCUGGUCUUCAGCUUAGUAAUAUCACCUGCUCUUCUGUGCCUUUAUAUUGAACCAAGAUCUGAAAUAGCGAAGGAACAUGCUACUUCUGAUGUGGAAAAAUCAGCAUUUAGACUCUCUGUGUGAACCUAUUAUAUCCAAAUAAAAACACAAGUACCUCUGUACUCAAGGACACAUUCUGGGAUUCAUUCUGGAAUAGGACAAAAGAGGCAAAUCCCCAGCCCAAAGCUGGAAAGUGCACAAUAAAGCAUUACGAUCCAAAGGAAAUGCAUUAGCCAGUGUUUAUGUUGUAACCCCCUUCUUGUGUGAACGAACAAAAGCGAUCCAACAGCAUUUCCUGUGUAUGAAAUGGACAACUGUGGCAUUUGACAACUACAGAUGGCCAGGCUGCCUGGAAUGGGCAUCUGGCGGGACCUUGUGUCCUGACAGUGCUCCAGCCUAGAAGGAGCUUACACGAAUUCUCGUGUUUCCAUGGAGAGGUCCCUCCGACUUGCUAAAUCAUUAAUUCAGCUCCCAGUAAAGUGGCAAA